UCUUUUUAGAUCUGUUGAUCGUACGCAAAGCGUAUCUUGUUUUUAAGAGAAUUCUACACAGUUCCAAUUUCCAGUGGAAGAUUUGUGUGUGGAAUGUGGAGGAGACAGAUGGGAUGUCGUUAUUAACUGACGUACAUAAAGCUUUGUCAGUUCCUAAUGGAUGUUUCCAGUACUCAAUAGUGAAAGGAUCGUAUGAGUAUUACCAUUAUGGUUGUGAUGGUCAAAAUGAUAUGGGCUGGGGAUGUGGCUAUCGAACUCUACAAACUUUGUGCUCUUGGAUUAAACACAGUUGUUCCAUGAAGGAAUUUUCGAAUGUUCCAAGCUUAUUGACUAUUCAAGAAACUCUUGUUGCUAUUGGUGACAAACCAGCAUCUUUUGUCAAUUCAAGAGAAUGGAUUGGUUCAUUCGAGAUAUGUCUGUUCCUGGACCACUGUUAUGAUAUUCCUUGCAAGAUCAUCCAUAUUCAAAGCGGUCAUGAGAUUGAAUCAAAAUUUGAAGAGCUCAUGUCACAUUUUGAGAAGUUUGGUUCGCCAGUUAUGAUUGGAGGUAAUUCUGAUGCUUCAUCCAAAGCUUUAUUGGGGGUUGCAAUGAGCAAUGAAAAAAAGUACUUUUUGAUUUUAGAUCCACAUUUCUCUGGGAAUGCUGCAGAACGCAAUCAUCUUAUAUCCAAUGGAUGGAUAUCUUGGAGAGGCGAAGAACUAUUCAUGGAGAAUUCUUUCUAUAAUUUUUGCCUACCUCAACAUAAGUGAAAAUAAACAAUAAAGGCAUUGCAGAACAGGAAUGUGUCAUAAAUUUAGAAAAUAUGUUAUUGAAUAAUUAAAAACAAAGCAGGAAGCUAAAAUUAAAUAUUUUCUGAAAGGAAACAGUCCAGGAAUCUCCAAUGCAGGCAAUGGUUUUGAGGUAGUGUUGACUAUUAUUAUAUUCUUAAUUCUCGUUUUAAUGAAAUAUAAUCUCUUUGUCGAGGA